AGCUCCAAGCCACCAGCUCUGCAGCUCUGUAGUGACCAGCAUAUGGGGACCAGGCAGAACCAGACACACAGGCCUGAAUUUUUGUCUCAUUCCCUCCUCUCGCUUACACAGGGGCUGGGAAACAGCUGGGGAAGGACCUUCACAUUCCCUUGGUAGCAGAACAAGUUUCCUGUAGGCAGCAGCAGUCUCCUCCUGCAUCAGGAUUAAGUGCUGCAGGACAGGCAGGUCUGUCUUACUCCCACCUACCCACUCAGAAGCAGAGGAAGAAGUUGCCCCUGCUUUGCGAGGAAGGAUUAAGGAUGAAUGUGCUGCAAUUGGCUUGGUUAUUGCUGCUCUGAAACAAGACAGCUCUUGGAGGAGAAGCAGCAGCAGGCAAGGGGAGCGUUUUUUGCUGGGCAGCAAGUGAAACACAUUAAAAACUUAAUAGUGAACUGGGGGGAGGGGGGCCCAUAUUCCCCUCCAGGUUCACUAUUCUAUCCUAUUGCAGCCUGUGUGCUGCUUCACUAGCAAUGCACGUUCCCCUCUGCACAGUAUUGCAAGAAUGCCUGAGGCUGCAUGCUAGGGGAUCCGUGCGAGAACAACUGGGCACAAUCCUGUGUCUGACUGACUGAGGGGACAGGAGGGUAUGUGGAGGGGAACUGUGAAUCAGACACUGUUGCCUCUUCUAGCCAUUGCAUUACAGAGUCUCUCUGCAGAGACAAGGCCACGUGAGGGAGGACAGGGCACAGGCAGACAAUCGGUUACAUUUAACAUUAAAGCAGGGAUGGCUUGCCCUGGUGUUGACAGUGGAACUGAACCACAGGGAGAUGGUGCUGGAAGGAAGAAGUGGGUAUAGCAGGAGGGGAAGGACUGAGGAAGACUUUCAAGCCCCAUGUCUCCCCAAAAGCAGAAAGCAGCCACACAGUGUGAUACAGCGGCGCCUCCUGGAAGGGAAUUUGAACAGGCUGCGGGGUGAAAACAGGGAACAUGCCACCUGGGCGCAGUCCCCGCUGGCAACAGACAAGGCAGAAAAGAAAGGGGAGGACAGGAGGAAAGAGCCAACCAUUCUGCUCGUACACUGCAAGUGUGAAGGUCAGGUAUUGAGAGCUGCUGUUAACACUGGCUGCCAACAGAACCUCAUCUCCAGGAGCUGUUUGAGACAGCUGGGGCUGGAGGAAGUGUCCAACAUUGGCUGUAGGGACUUUUCGCUGCCUGUCCCCUGUGUUGUCAGCCGGGUGGAGCACAUGGAGGUGCAGUUUGGCCAGGAGAUGGUGGCGUGCUCAGCGCUAGUUGUGGAUGAUGAAAUGCUGGAAUUUUCAUUGGGCCUCCAGACCCUGCUGUCUCUGAAGUGCUGCAUUGACCUGGAUGAAGGAGUCCUUCGACUGAAAGCGCUCAGCCAAGAGCUGCCUUUCUUACCUGCCUCCGAGGAGCCUGGGCAGUGAGAGGUUGUUUCCUACAUCUGUGCGGAGAAGGCAUUUAACUGUACCAGAGACAUGUGAGGCUGAGGGUGCAGCUGACACACCUGUACCCUGCGGAGGCCACUAUCAGGUGGGAAGGCUGGUUAGGAGGAGCUGCAUGGGGCUGGAGUGCUGUUGUCAAGUGGAGCUGCCCCUUUCUAUGGGGAAUUCUUCCUCCUUCCAGAGGACCUUUCUGCUUGUCUCCAUUGCUGAGCAGACAUCUGUUCUCAUUUUUCUACCUGCCCCUGUUCUCUCUGCCUCCUGCUUCUGCACCGAAUCCCAUGUCGCCUUUCCCAUGCCCCCUUAUUAAAGACAAUGGGAAAGGUCACUGUGAGCGGCUGUUCUCUGGACACAGUGCUGAAUGGUGGCUUGUUCUAAGGCCUCUGAAGAUUGUUUUAAAUGGUUCUUCUCCCUUUGGGCCAUGGAUCUGCCCAGGUACCAUAUGCUCUGCUUCAGGGGAGGUGUCCUACUCUUCUGCUCUUUGCAAAGCUGGAUCUCAUUACCUUGCUCUGCUUUGUGUCAGGAGGGAAGAAUUUUUACUGGAAGCAGUUUAAAUGGCAAUCACUCCAUUUUCUGUGUUUUCAUUCAGAGUAAGGGAACUGCUGGGAAACCACGAGCUGCAAGACCUAAGGAGCAAUGAGCGUAUGUGGGAGCCCAGGUCUGGCCAGGACAUCUUUGGCUACUGGAGUCUGCAAUGUAUGAACUCACAUGCUUAGCGACUCUCACAGCUAGACCUUGUAACUGGACACUCCUCGUCCCUCACCAACACAUCUCGCCUUUGCACUCUUGAGUUCCAGCCCCUGAAUUUGGGCAGCCACCAACUCUACAGCGUCACACUAAGCUCCAGCCAUUCAGCUAGAUGCUGCAUGAAUUCUGGUGCCCAGAUCAGCACUGCUGCAUCACUGAGUCUUUCCUCCUGUAUCCAGAUAGGCUUAAUUUCCUUAUGCUAACACACCACUGAGUGACAGAUGUAUGGUCCCUCCCUUCAGGGCCUCCUGGGAAGGACACACCACAGCCAUUCUGAGCAGCUUGCUCUAUUUCUAAACGGAUGUAAUUAAUUUGUGCACCUAAUGUCUAACUUAGAUUUUCUGUUCUGCAACUUAAACCCGGCUGCAUCUUUCCCCUGUGACAUCGUAAUACAUGCCUGUCCUGUUCGUACCAUCCUUUUAUCCACAAAUGUAUAGCAUCUCCCCUCUGCCAUGUCUUCUGGAUUUUUCUGUUGAAUCCUCAAUCCAUUUCAUUUUGGGGUUGUUUUGGCUUACUGCUGACAUACACUGGAGGGAGGACUCUGAAGUCUGACUAGUGUGAAGACAACUGGAAAAAACACCCUGCUUAUUUUACAUGAUAAACUUGUAUCAAUGUGACUCACUGUGACAUGUGCUACUCUCAGCAGUAGCCUCACAUGGAUGACCAUUGUUUAUCACCCAUUAUACCCUACAGCUCCUCCUCUGUGGUGAGGUUGUCUACUCCUUUGUUCUAUGUGUGUGUAUUUAGUGAUUUCUUCCCAGUGAACCACUCUAUGCCAGUUUCUUUAACAACUCCAAUGAUAGGAGGCCUUUUCUCAUGUGCUUCACAACUGCAUGAUGACUCCAUCUUCCAAACUAUCAGCAGAUCCUCUUAGACUCAUACCAUUUAUAUGUCUGACUUCUCCAUCCUCUGAAUCUUUCAGAAUGGUAUCAAGUGGUGUUGGAUCCAGCCGGCUGCCCUGUGAAAACCUGCUUUGAGUCUGCUACCCACCUGACACUGAAGCCUGUUGGUGUUCCAUGUGUUUGGGUCUCCAUCCUGCAACAACUCACUUUGUCCGCAGCUAAGAAUGGCUCAUGGAACUGCAUCAAAUAGUCUCCUGAAAUCAAUAGAUAGCAUGUCUACUGAUUCCUCCCUCCCUUAAGCUUGUUGAUCCAUCAAACCAAAUUAAAGGCCUCCUCCAACUUG